GCUGCCGAUUCGGCGCCUUGAUUUUCAAUAUUGUGUAUAGCGUGGCCCUGGGAGAACUUCGAGCAGCGCUUGACGAGCUCAACCUCACAUUCGCUGAGGAGCGCGAGCCCAGCGGCCCACCAUGGGCCCACCAGCCCGGCACCUUCCCCACGCACACUGUGCCAGUUGGGGAAGUCACGUACGUCGACGACAAGGCCAUGUUGGUGGUAGGCGAGGACAGCACGAGCCUCAACCGCAACGUCGCCCCGGUAGCCGAAGCGGCGCACACCACCAUGGCGAGGCACGGCAUGCAGCUGAACUGGAAGCCUGGCCAGUCAGAGAUCCUCAUCAUGUGGAGGGGUAAGGGCGCGCGGGCCGCCAAGGCAGAGGCGAUGAUCGGAGAGCGCCCUGCAUUGGCCCUGCCUGGAGUCCCGAGCAUCGAGCGUCUCGUGGCGAGCGAGUACAAGCACUUAGGAUCCAUGCAGUCUGGGGUCGCGUCCUCUGCCCUAGACAUACGUGCAGGCCUGCGAAAAGCAUCCGCGGUGUACCACAGCUUGGUGCGGAAGGUCUUCGCAGUGUAA